AUGGGAGACCAUAUAGAAAGUACAAUGGAAGAAGUAAAGCUGUACGGGUUCGGGCCUAGCCCGUUUAGUUACAGAGUGAUAUGGGCUUUGAACCUAAAAGGUGUGAAAUAUGAAUACAUUGAAGAAAACCUCCCUAUCAAGAAGCCGCAACUUUUGCAACACAACCCGGUUCACAAGAAAGUUCCAGUGCUUGUUCAUGGAGGCAAACCAAUAUCUGAAUCUCUUGUAAUUCUUGAGUACAUUGAAGAAACUUGGCCCGAAAACCCUUUGUUGCCCAAAGAUGCAUAUGAAAAAGCUAUGGCCCGGUUUUGGAUCCGAUUUGCACAAGAUAAGGCACCUCAUUUUCAUUUAAAUUUCUAUAUUUACACUGUGGCUUGA